AUGAACAUCGAUGACAUUCUCGCCUCCGUUGAUCAGCCGGACCUUUCAUCUCCUGAGGCCACUGUACUCGAUGCGCAGCUACUAACACGGCUUUGGGUUACAGAGAGGGGCGUGCCGGAGCUACUGCCGUGGCCCGGCGCGCUGAUGGAGAGGGUUAUGGAGAGGGUUCGGAAGCAGGUCGAAAAAAUUGAGGACCUCACCGCCGCGGCCUCCGAUCCCUCAACAAGCAAAAAUCCAAACACAAACCUCAAGCUCUCCAUCCUUCAAACAGACCUUUCGCGCACCCAAUAUGUAAUUCGCUCCUUGCUACGCCAACGCCUCUCAAAACUCACGAAGCACAGUUUGCACUACCUGCUCCUCUCGUCCCCACCUCCCUCCUCGUCCUCACCCUCCUCACAAUCUCACCACCAACGGCAAUCCUCCCAAGCAACCUUCAACACCCCCACCCCAACGCAUCCCCCUUCAGCCACAAACGCCUAUAAAUCAUCCACAAACGCAUCCACAGGAAAACAGCCCCUCCUUUCCCCACAAGAGUCCGCGUUCCUCCACACCCAUCAAUCCCUCCUAACAGCACACUACAACAGCUCUUUCCUCUCGACCUUCCCCGCACAGCUGCGACGAUUAGACGACAAUGCGGGCGGGACAAGUAUGAUUCAAGGCCCCGAGACGAAGGAGGUGGUGUUUGUGCGCUGUUUGGUGGAGGAGGUGAGAAUUGUUAUCCCCGCUGGCGCGGGUGAUGAGAUGGGGGCCGACGGGGAUAUUUAUGGUCGCAGGAUGAGGUGGGGAGAGGUUUGGGUUGCGAGGUGGGAAGGGGUUAAGGAGGCGUGGCGGAGGGGGGAAGUGGAGGUUCUUUAA